AUGCGGGUCGUUAAGUUUUAUGCCGUCGAUGAGCCGCCUCCAAUAAAAGAAAACAUCUCUCUCAAAGAGAACAGACUCAUCCUGUCACUUCUGUCUUUUGGCGUCCGUUCUGUUCUGCUUUGGGCGUACACUCUUAAGGCUCCAGCUUUACACAGACGGACGUCUUUAAAUUUUACACACCAACUUUUCACAGGAGCGUCUCUGCGCUCACAUUGUUCUUCCUGCUCCUUCAUCCAGGCUGUUUUCCAGUCCGACAUCGGCAGUCUGCUGGAGCAGGUGGGAACCGGAAAGGAGUCCCUGAGCUUCAUGAGGAGACGCAUACGCAGGCUGUCGGCGCAGUGGGCCUCCUCCGCCCGGCGGCUGGAUGAGAAACUCCGCAGCCUCUGGAGAGAGCAGAAAAGGAUUUUAGUCCAUGUGGGCUUUCUGACCGAGGAGUCUGGAGACGUUUUCAGUCCCAAGGUGCUGAAGGGCGGCCCUCUGGGUGAGAUGGUGCAAUGGGCCGACAUUCUCACCGCUCUCCACGUGCUUGGACACGAUGUCAAGAUCUCCGUUUCCCUCAAAGAGCUGCACGGGUUUCUGGGGGUCCCACCUGGAAGAGGAAGCUGCCCCCUCACAGGACCUUUACCCUUUGACCUCAUCUACACAGACUAUCACGGACUGCAGCAAAUGAAGCAGCACAUGGGUCUUUCUCUCAGGAAGCACAAAUGCCACAUCCGAGUGAUUGACACCUUCGGCACAGAGCCCGCUUACAACCACGAGGAGUACGCCACUCUUCACGGCUACAGGACCAACUGGGGCUACUGGAACCUCCACGGCCAGCAGUACAUGACCAUGUUCCCCCACACGCCAGACAACUCUUUUAUGGGGUUUGUGGCAGAGGAGCUGAAUGAGACCGAGAGGAUGCUUAUUCAGAGGAACAAAGUCAACAACAUGGCCGUCGUGUACGGCAAAGACGCUAGCAUGUGGAAGCUUCAAGGUAAGGAAAAUUUCCUGACAAUCCUGCAUCGCUACAUGGAGAUCCAUGGCACAGUGUACUAUGAGACACAGCGCCCCCCAGAGGUUCCUGCCUUUGUCAAGAAUCAUGGCCUGCUGCCUCAGCAGGAGCUGCAGCAGCUCCUGAGAAAGGCAAAGCUAUUCAUCGGGUUCGGCUUCCCAUAUGAAGGGCCCGCUCCUUUAGAGGCGAUAGCCAAUGGCUGCAUUUUUCUGCAACCCAAGUUUAGUCCACCUCACAGCUCUCUCAAUCACGAGUUCUUCAGAGGCAAGCCUACCUCCAGAAAGGUGUCCUCCCAGCAUCCCUACGCAGAGGAGUACAUCGGCAGGCCACAUGUCAUCACCAUCGACUUCAACAACUCUGAAGUGUUUGACGCCACCAUCCGUGAGAUCAUGAAGAUCAACGUGGAGCCGUUCCUGCCCUACGAGUACACGUGCGAGGGAAUGCUUGAAAGGGUUCAUGCCUACAUUCAGAAUCAGGACUUUUGCUCGCCUGAGGUUCCAUUUCCUCCAGUAAACGCAUCUUGGGCUUCGCUGUCAGGUCCCUUUCUGCCUUUGCCGAACUCCAGAGUACUAACUUGGGCCGCCAACACCACCUCCUUUCCAUCGUGGCCUCCUCUUACCGCACUUCGACUUUUGACGUCGGUGCAAGGCCAGUCGUGUGUGGAAGCGUGCCAGAGUGAAGGACUAAUCUGCGAACCUGCUUUGCAUCGUUUCAUCAACAUCAAAGAAGCAUUUAGCGCGUUGGAUCUCCAGUGUGAAGGAGUGGAAUCCGAGAUGAACCACCUCUUCCCUGCCUUCUCUGCAGAGCACGCCGAAUGCAGCCUGCAGCACGAUCCGCUGUUGUUCAGCUGCGCUGGCUCUAGUCCCAAAUACCAACGCCUUUGCCCCUGCAGGGACUAUCGGAAAGGACAGGUGGCAUUGUGCAGGGACUGCUUAUGACCAAAGAAUGGCCCGGUAUAGGGAGUUCUUUUGUAGUUUUAUUUUUAAUUUUUUUGUAAACAAAAUAUCCAAGAAGAAACCCUUAAACAAGGAAACUUUGAGGUGAAGGAGCUGUGCUGCAUAUAUAGCAACUUACUCACUUGCCGCUGUCCUUGGACUUGCUGCAAAGAGUUUUAUCAACCUCUCAGGGAAUUGCACGAUUGUAUCUUUGAAUUUAACGCUUUUGAAGUUUUCACCUCGUUAAAGUACGACCACAGCCACCGUUAAAGAAAAACGAUCUGUAAUUACAUGGGUGGCUUCGUAGAGAAAUCAUCAAUGUCUACUUUUCCUUUCUUUUGAAGAACUGUCGUAAACGUGCGUUCAUGUGAAACCUCGCUGUGUCGUCGUGGGGAACGGCUACGUGUACAGAUGCACCCAAAGACAUUCAUCUCUUAGAGAUGUACUAUUUUACAUGUACUGUGGAAAUAUAUUUGUAAAUAUACAGUAGGUGUUGUUUAAUAAAACAAAAGAGGCAAAUUUGUUGCUAAAUUUACAUGUUUUUAAAAACACUCCGUUGAAAUAAAUCAUCAACACCGAGCGCUACUGCAACCCAACAAGCACAAGAAGGCCGUGAUUGGCUGAUCGUCAUCAGCAGCCGAAGCUUUUACUUGCAUGUCGACUCAGAUGAUGGGGAACUCCCAACAUAACUUACAGAGCUUCAAAGAUUUCGUUUAUGAAGUCGGACAAUGGGAGCUGGCUCAAGAGGAAGUACUUGGAUCAUUUAAUGUCACCUUAGUUUUCACCUGAAAAUCUAUGUUAGGCAUUUUGAAAAUCAGAAAUCAAAAGUGGCGACAACAAAAACAAUGAAGGGCUCCUUCAGACCCUGCUGACCAUAACGUUUUUUAUAAGCGUUAUUGUUCCAGCUACAACACUUUUUUUUUUUUUCCCUUCCACUCAACUUUUUGUUGAUAUAUGUGCAGACAACAGUUAGGGCGCAGGCAUCAAACUGAAUAGAGUUGCAUAUGAAAUGCACUUUUACUUCCCUGAAGAACAACAAAGAAUGGAAAUAAUAAUAAUCUGUCUAAAAUUAGAAGGUGUGUUCCUUCACAACGUACAUUUACUGUAAGAUUGAAAAUGGCAUUUUUCUAAUUGAAAAAUCACAAUGUUUUCUUGACAUGCCACUUGUCGGAGAAUUCAAAACUAUUGGACGGUGCAGAGGAAUGCUGAUUUUCACUUAUUUUCUGAAUCACCUCAAGUCAUCCAGUAGAUGCUGUUUUUUCAAAAUAUUCUUGGUUUAAUUCAACUUAAACUCAAAAGUUAUUAGUCCAAGUCGGAAAUGAAAUGUUGUAGUUGACAUUACACAAUUUUCUGAGUUGUUGUAGAUGCUGAUGGCUCUAUAGCAGUCAGUAUCCCAGCGGUUCUGAAGAAACCUUUGAAGACUGUCGUUGAAUGACAGUCUGGUGAAGAUGAUGCUAAGAUUAAGUGUGUUUUUGUGAAGUGAUGAGGGAGGUUUUCUGGCAACAGUAAGCUUUUUUUUUUUUCUUUCUUUAAGAGCAACUAAAAAAAAUGUUACCUUUUAGUUAAAAAUGUUCACCAAGGUUAAUUGUCUUGCCCAUGACUUUGUGUUCCAGUUAUUCGUUUUUGCCUCAUCCAUGUGGGCCUCGUGUGAAACUAUUAAAAGUUUAAUUCUUAAAACUAUUUAAAUCACCUUUCAGACAGCCAAUAUAACAUGGCUGCAGUGUCACAGAAGUCAUUAUCAUGUACGCUGCUGCUCCACUAACGCCGAAACCAUUCAGUAGGAUAAGAGGAUUUUAAUGAGACAUACUCGAAGACAGAGCUGGAAUUUGUCUGUUUUUCCCCCUUUAAUGACAGUGCAAGUGUCUCUUUGACUGAUGGUAAGGGCCAUUUCACAAUAUGCCCAUUUCUCCUCGCUAGUUUAUAAUCUCUAAGCUAAUAUUAAAUUUUCUCUUGAUCCUCAGAAACCAAUUGCAGAAAAACGCAUGUGUGUGGCAGCAGUCAGUAGUGAGGCUUUGAAUAUUUAAAGGAUUAAAGGUGAGGAUAUGGGGGAGGAUAUAUAU